CUGUUGCCGAUGACAUCGCCCUCGCGCUGCAGGCUUCCCCGACGAGAAAAAGGACGGGCCGUUGUGGUGCUGGGCUGCAUGGACAGGAAGCGGUUCCACAUGCUCACAUACGAGCGCAUCGACGCGCCGGAUUGCCCGACAUGACGACGCAUCUGCUGGCCUCGGAGCUGGCUAACCUCAUCCAAGAGAGCAAGCGCAAGCACAAUGACCUGCGCCAGGCCGCAGAGAAGUCCCUCGAGGAGCUGAGGCAGUUGGGAAAUGUGUCUGAGCAGGCGGCCCCGGAGCUGCUCUCCCAGAAGCCCAGCUUCGUCAACCCCUUCAUCAUCGCGUGCGGCACCAAGAACGCCAAGUUCACGGGCAUCGCGAUCGUCUGUCUGCAGCGCCUGAUCGUCGUCCGCGCCCUGCCCCGCGCCAAGCUGAACCAGGUCCUCGAGGCGCUGAUGCAAGCCUCGUCGGCGGGGCUUGAUGUCCAGCUCAAGAUCCUCCAGGCGCUGCCCUCACUUCUGCAAAACUACGCCGACGACAUUCGCGGCGACCUGCUAGUCACGGCGCUCAACAUCUGCUUCAUCCUGCAGAGUAGUAAGAAUGCCAUCGUCAACAACACGUCGGCCGCGACCCUGCAGCAGCUGGUCGUGUCCGUCUUCGACAAGGUCGUCGCUGAGGACAAAAAUGGCGCCGACGUCGCUGUGGCCGGUGAAGUGUCUACUACAGACGGCAGCGUCGAGCUGCGAGCUGCGGCCCUGGACGCCUACAGAAUCUUCCACGACUUGUGCCUCAUGACCGAAAAUCAGCGCCCCGAAUUCCUACGCUUCUCGGGCCUGCCGCAGACGUUUGGUCUGGAGCUGAUUGAGUCCGUCAUCACCAACCACGCGGCCGUUUUCACCACCCACCCUGAGCAGGCACAGAUCCUUCGAACGCGGGUCAUGCCCCUCGUCGUGAGCGCGCUCAAAGGCAAGCCAUCGUUCGCCACGUCGGUGCGACUCGUGCGCAUUCUUUACACCAUGUUGCGGCGCCACAUCGGCAUCCUCCCCUCCGAGUGCGGAGACGCCCUCGAGAUACUGACGCAGCUGCUCGAUCACGAUACCGCGCUUUGGAAACGAGCUCUCUGUAUGGAGGUGUUUCGCGGCAUCUUUGCCGAGCAUGCUCUGGUACGCCGCAUCUUUGCCCUCUACGAUGCCAAGGAGGGCGAGAGGGACAUUCUCAAGACUCUCACGGCGACCUUUGUGCGCUUGAGCACGGAAAAGCCUGCGGUGAUUGGUCUCGGCCACCAAUCAACAAUACCCGCAGCAGACACAUCCAACUCGUCUACAACGCCGUCGGACCAAGCCAUGCUGGAGGCCAGCGGCGUGACGGGAAUCAUUGGCAGCACCGUCGCGUCGGAGGCGCCAAGCACAGGCAUCAGCGCGCAAUGGAGUUCUGUCCGUGUCCCGUGCAUCGACCAGCUCGACAAGACGGACCCGCCCCCUAUACCGGAAUCUUACAUCUACAGUCUCGUUCUGGCCUGCAUAUCGUAUCUUUCUGACGGCCUCGCCAAGUUCGUCCUACCCCUCACCGUUCCCAGCGAAGGCAGGGGACGUCGGAAAGCGUCAAAACAGGAUACCGGUGGAGAUUCGCCCGAGCAAAGCGCAACAGACUCCUCGCAACCCAGAACGCGGCCGGAAAGAUCCGGCUCGUUCAAGCGCAACCCCGUUCCAGCCAACCCACUCGACCUCGUCGACCACCCCAUGUACCCGGAGAUCAAGAUUUGCGCGUCAAUAGUCGACGAGUGCUGGCCGGCGAUUUUGGCCACGUGCUCAACUUUUUUGUACGCAGCUCUUGACCAGGAGUACUAUCAUGGCCUCGUACGGGCGUUUCAGAGAUUCGCCCAUGUUGCCGGCCUGCUUCACCUCUCCACCCCGAGGGACGCGUUCCUGACCACGCUUGGGAAGUCCGCAGUUCCCCCCAAUGUGUUGACCGCAUGCCACAGCCAAGGCCAGGCGCGUGUCACGACGCCGACCGCGGCUCCCGAGACGCCGAACUCACUAUUCAGCAACGCAAGAGGUCUGCUCAGCGUAGAAGCGCUGUCACCCCUGUCACCCUCAGCUGAGAAGCAGAGACAAGCGUCGGUCGAUGCCGCGGCAGCGAGUCUGAAUACACGCAAUCUCCUAUGCCUUCGAGCGCUUCUGAACCUCGGCAUUGCGCUGGGACCGACGCUUGGCAACGCUUGGGGCAUCGUGCUCGAGACACUUCAGCAGGCGGACUAUGUACUCUUCGUCACAGGAAAGUCCCCGGGGAGGACUCCGUCGCUCAGCCGUGGCCAAGAUCAGCCCGAAGGCGACAACAGCUCGCUCAUGUCGAAUUUCAACCACGAGGUCCGCUCAGUUGAGACUGCCGCGUCCAGGCUCAUCGAAAGCAGCGUAGACUUUCCUAACACAGCCUUCAUGGAAGUUGUAGAAGCAAUGUGUGGCCUGCUCGAGCAGGGGCCUGGGGGAGGGAUGGCGAUAAACAACAAGAGCCAUUCGCCUUCGGGAGACGACAAGCCGCUGCGUCCGCUUCCCGGCCAGCACAGGCGGGUUCUGAGUUUCUCGAGUCAAGCCGCCGGCUCUUCGACGCAGGAAUAUCUCUUCGCAUUGGCGAAGCUCGGUGAGCUUGCGGCCAUCAAUAUCGGGCGGCUCUUGACUACCGAUCCCGCGGCCUCGGGCUGGGAUAGGUUGACUGAAGAGCUCAUUCAUACGCUCGAUUCGCCCGCCAUGGCUCCGCCGGUGCGGGUCAAAGCCGCGGAGAUUCUUGCACGAUUGAUGUUGGAGUCUGCAAAUGCCGCCACAUCCAUGUCUGCUGAAUCUCGGGGGCCGAUUCAGUUGCGAGUGCUGGGCGCAUUACGCGAGGCUUUGAAGCCAUUACUGAAGCACGCCAGGGGUGCGUCUGUUGCCAACGUCGCUACAGACGUGGACGUGCACAGGAUAAUCCUCGAGGGCUUGAAGAGCAUCGUGGAGGGCUGCGGUGAGAAUCUUGUCAGCGGCUGGGAUGUCACAUUUGACAUCAUUGGCACCGUCUUCGCCUCAAAUCCACCAGUGGCAGAAAGAAGAGGCUCCGUUGCCAAUCCCGGGCUGCUCACUACGCGGUCCUCCAAGCUCGUUCGGUCGGCCUUUAGCUCUUUGCAGCUCAUCUGCUCUGAUUUCCUGGCGUCUCUGCCAAACUCUUGCUUCCUUAUCCUCGUGGACACUCUGUACAAGUUUUGCUCGCAAGACGAUGACCUCAACAUAGCCCUCACGACCGUCACGUUCUUCUGGGUACUCUCCGAUUUUCUGUCUACCAAGGGCGAGAGCCUGGGCAUCACUGCCGAGCUGAUGAAGGGCGCGAACAACUCGGGGCUGGAGAAGCUGGCCGCCGAUCGCAGCCAGAGUGGAUCCGAUGCAGCCUUAUGGAUGCUGCUCCUCCUGAGACUGACGACGGUUGCUUCAGACGAGAGGCUGGAGCUGCGGAACAGUGCGAUCCAGACCCUUCUUCGCAUUUUCGACGCGUACGGUGACCGCCUCAGCCCGGAAGCCUGGUCCCUCUGCAUAAAAUUUGUCAUUUUCCAGCUCAUUACUUCACUCGAAGAUGAGCUCAAGGGUGCCGAAGACGCGGAUUCAGAAGGAGCGAAUCGAGAAGAGUGGCACGGGACCGCCGUCGUUGUUCUCAACGGCAUCUCGACCUUGCUGGCUAAUUACAUCGACAAGCUGACGGCGCAUCCUUCCUUCAACCAACUGUGGCGCGAGCUACUGGGUCAUUUUGCACGUCUCCUGGACUUUCACAUUCUUGACGUCAACACUGCUACGUUCAAGGCGCUGAGCCACGUAUUAUCGCAAACGGGCCGUGACGAGAAAUCCGUGUUCAACGAUACGACGGUCGAAUUUGCGUGGGAUUUAUGGUCCCGCGGCAUACCAACCUCCGUCAGCACUGCAGGCAAAGUCGAAGACAACCAGAACUGUCUGAUCGCUUACGUCGCGGCUCUCCGCGAGGUGUACAAGCUGAUUCAGAGCAAGCUAGACGUGGGUAGGGUGGAGCGUAUCCUCACGUUGCUGCGCGAAACUGUCGAGGAGGCGUCCGUCGGAGGCUACGUUCUGGAUAUUGAGACCGCGACUCCCUUGCAGACACAGACCUUGGCCGCCAUUCAGAUGAUCCGAACAGACGUGGCAGGAGUGCCUUCGGUGAUGAUCAAGCAGGCCUCAGAGUUUGUCACCCUCGCAUAUGACCUGGAACAGACACAUGAGUCCGGUGGCCCGCGACGAACGUACAUUGCCAUGUCGAAGGCGAGCAUGCAAAUCCUGGAGGGCCUCGUUGUGACCCAUGCGUCCGAUAAGGACAUCUACACGAGCGGCGCACUUGCCACAGCCCUGUCUGCGCUGUACAGGCCUAUCGCACUCAAAUAUCAGUUCCGGACAGUAACCAGGUCAACGCAGCCGUGGCGACUAGCGACAUCAUCGGCCUUGGGGGUCCUGGAGGCGACGCUUGGUAGACUCGGGCCGCUGGGCGUUCCCCGCAAGACGGUGGAGACCAUAUGGACGGUGGUCGUAUCAGUGGCAGAUGGCAUCGUCAGCGCAGAUACAGAGACUGCGCCUGCUGGGACCAACUUUGCCGAUGACGAGGCCUUCGACAUUGAGUCAUUUCACAAGCUUCGCGCAUUGAUCAUUCCUGCGCUCGGCGGAGAGUCAGUGGCAGACAAGACAAGAAGAUCGUAUGCCAGGAGCCUCUUCCAGAUGUCGAUUAUUCACAAAUCCACGUCCGAGGAAGAGUCUUUGACCGACAAGGGAGAUGUUGCGAGCCUGUCAGCACUAUACGCGCCGCGGGCAGGGCGCACAGUGGCGGCUCCGCCAUCGACGCGCGCACAGAUGGCAUACGUCGUGUUUGACGAGCUAUUCGCUCUCGUAGCCGCGCAGGAGCCCAGGUCAGGUGGCGAGACCAAGGCUGAUUCCGCGGGCCGAGCCCGUAUCGCGCGCACGACGGCACCGUUUCUCAUUCUGCGAUGCGCGCUGACGCUCCGGGCAUACGUCGCCGACCAGCCACUGCGAGGGAGGAUGCCACAGCCGCUGAGCCAGCGGAAGGAGCUGACCUGGACGCUGAGGAAGCUUGUCGACCUGGAGAGCGCCAGCGCCGCCAUUCCAGCGGUCAAGGGGGCGGAGGGCGAGGGGAGGAAGCAUUUGCUGAGGCUGUACCCAUUGCUGGUCAAGUCGCUCGGUGUGGGAGGGGACGCCAAGGUCCUGCAACUGCUGAGGCAGGCUCUGGAGGUUGUGGGAGAUGAAUUGGGGAUUGUUUGAGUCGGAACUGUAAGCGGGUGGUCGGCUGCAUAAUAAGCAGGCGUGUUUUGGCGUCGCAGUCAAUAGAUGAUGAUGCAUCUACAACAACAUUGACG